UUAACAUCCACUUUGUUCAAAAAGCUUGUCUCUUUACUAUGAUAAAGUGGUACGAGUAUUUUGAGUGUGUAUCAUGCUACAAUUUGUUUCUAUCCAGGUCCUCGUAAAACAUUUGUGUUGAACUCAACAAUUUAGUAAUGAUGAUCUCUUACUAGGUUGUAUUGAUGUAAAUGAAGUGGUCGUCAAGUCUGGUCCUAGAGAACAGGUUAUGCUUUGGAAACAGCCAAAACACCUGAGUAAACUAAAGGUCUUGAUUAUGUAUUUCGAUAUAUGACUUUGGAUGCAUUAGGUGUGCUAGUGCUGAACUGGAACAAAAGCCUGCACUCCAAGACCAGGGCAGCCAUGUCGGUUUCUCAAAUCACCCCCACCCUGUUCCUGAGUGGAGCAGACGCCCCCCUCAACCAGGCCCUGGUCUCCCGCAAGGGCAUUACCCUCAUCGUCAAUGCCACCCUCAACCACGUCUGCCCAGUCUACCCAGGCGUGGAGUGCCUGCGUGUGCCUGUCUCCGACCUGCCCAGCGCCCGUCUGGGCGAGCACUUUGAGCGUGUGGCAGAGCGCAUCCACAGCAACCGGACUGGUGGUACGCUGGUGCAUUGUGCUGCUGGCAUGAGCCGCUCGCCGGCCCUGGUCAUAGCAUACCUAAUGCGCUACCGGGGCGUGACUCUGUGCCGGGCCCACGCAUGGGUGCAGGAGAGUCGGCCGUACAUACGACUCAACGCGGGUUUCUGGGCGCAGCUACUAGAGUUUGAGAAGAGGCUCUAUGGGAAGAAUACGGUUAAGGUGGCUGCGCCCAUGCCGCCUGUGAAGCCGCCCCUGUCGCCAUGGACACUGCGGUCAUCAUGGACACAGCGGUCACCACCGCUGUUGCCCAGGUCACCAUUGUUGUCGUCUUUAUCGCAGGCCAAGAAGUUGAAGAAGGGUAGGCUUGUAAGGAAAUAGUAGAGGAGGGAAGUUUGCUUUUCUGUCUGAAGAUGUGAGGGAAGAACUUACAGCCCUACUGCCUGAGGAUGUAAACCAGGGAAGCAGGCAUGUCCCCUGCCAUGAUUUGAUAAGAGAAAUAUAGUACAAUAAUAAUCUUUGUAUAUAUGUACACUGAACCAAAAUAUAAACACAACAUGCAACAAUUUCUAAGAUUUUACUGAGUUUCAGUUCAUAUAAGGACAUCAUUCAAUUUAAAUAAAUUAAUUAGGUCCUAAUCUAUGGUUUUCACAUGACUGAGAAUACCGAUAUGCAUCUGUUGGUCACAGACACCAUAAAGAAAGGUAGGGAUGUGAAUCAGAAAACCAGUCAGUAAAUGGUGUGACCAUGUUUUGCCUCAUGUAUCGCGACAGAUGAGUUGAUCAGGCUGUUGAUGUCUGGUGAGUAUUGUGUACAGAUUCUUGCGACAUGGAGCCAGCCGUGCCUUAUCAUGAGGUGAUGGCGGCAGAUGAAUGCCACGACAAUGGGCCUCAGUAUCUCCUCACGUUAUCUAUGUGGGUGGUUUCAAAUUGCAAUUGAUAAAAUGCAAUUGUGUUUGUUGUCCAUAGCUUAUGCCUGCCCAUACUAUAACCCCACCGCCACCACGGGGAACUCUGUUCACAACGUUGAUAUCAGCAAACCGCUCGCCCACACGACUCAAUACACGCUGUCUUCCUGGUACAGUUGAAACCAGAGUCAUCCGUGAAAAGCACACUUCUCCAGCGUGACAGUGUGAGCAUGUGCCCACUGAGGUCAGUUUCAACGCCGAACUGCAGUCAGGUAAAGAUCCUGGUGAGGGCGACGAGCACGCAGAUGACCCUGACACAGUUUCUUACAGUUUGUAAUGUAAUUCUUCAGUUGUGCAAACCCCCAGUUUCAUCAGCUGUUUGGGUGGCUGGUCUCAGACGAUGCCGUAGGUGUAGAAGAUGGUUGUGGAGGUGCUGGACUGGCUUGGUUACUAGUUGUCUGCGAUUGGGAGGCUGGUUGGACUUACUGCCAAAUUCUCUAAAACGGUGGUGUAUGUUAGAGCAAUUGUCUGGAAACAGACAUUCCUGCAGUCAGUACACCAAUUGCACGUUCCCUCAAAACUUCAGAUAUCUGUGGCAUUGUGUUGUGUGACAAAAGUGCACAUUUUAAAGUGGCCCUUUAUUAUCCCCAGCACAAGGUGUAAUGAUGAUCAUGUUGUUUAAUCAGCUUCUUGAUUUGCCAUACCUGUCAGGUGGUUGGAUUAUCCUGGCAAAGGAGAAAUGCUCACUAACUCACUAUAAAGUUGUGCAAAAUAUUGAUAUAUUUUAGCUCAUGAAACAUUGGACCAACACUACAUGUUGCGUUUAUAUUUUUGUUCAGUGUAUAUAUAUAUACAGUGCCAGUCAAAAGUUUGGACACAUCUGCUCAGUCAUAGGUUCUUCUUUAUUUUUACUAUUUUCUACAUGGUAGAAUAAUGGUGAAGACACCAAAAAAAUGGAACAAAUGAACUUUUAACAAGGCACACCUGUUAAUUGAAAUGCAUUCCAGGUGACUACCUCAUGAAGCUGUUUGAGAGAAUGCCAAGAGUGUGCAAAGCUGUUAUCAAGGCAAAGGGUGGCUAAUUUGAAAUACAUGUAUUUAAAAAAAAUAUUUGGUUACUACAUGAUUCCAUAUGUGUUAUUUCAUAGUUUUGAUGUCUUCAUUAUUAUUCUACAAUGUAGAAAAUAGUUCAAUAAAGAAAACCCCUUGAAUGAGUCCAAACAUUUGACUGGCACUGUUUUGUAUAUAUAUAUAUAUAUUUUUUUUUUAUAAAAAAAAUAAAAAAGUAUAUUGUAAUUCCACUCCCCUUCCAUAUUGUUAUGUUUAAAUACAGAUAGGAAUGAGAGGGGGAGAAAGUUGAGGUGAAACAGCGCAGAACAUUUAAGAGGCCGUUUGUGGUCCAGAGUUGGCAGCGCCACCUCUGCACAAGAAUGUGUAUUCCACUACCUGAGGAAGAAUGCGGACAGCAAAUCUUCUGCCUAAAGUAAUGAGGGAAUUGUUAUGGCCAUCUUUCUCGCUGUAAGGGGAGUUCAAGUUAAUUUAAGUCAUCAACAUUCAACAAUUGAUCUUUGAAUUGUGGGAUGAAAAAAAUAUAUACUAAUAGAAAAACACAAACAAACAAUGCAACACACAUUUAGGAAACUAUUGUUGUGGCUGUUGCUUGUGUUCACUGCUGUGGAAUGUUCCUAGGUUCUUCCUGGAGUUUACAACUGUACAUGACAGUGGAGUAAGAUCUUGAUCACAUUCACAUUAUCUCAAGGAUGUCCAGUAAGGACUAAGCCUGGAACUAGAGUUUUUUUUAGUAUGUUUUUGUCGUUGUUGCAUUUAUGUACUUUGCAAUGCCUUGUUUUAUUGCUAAAUAUGAACAUAAACCCUUUUAAAGUUAAAGCGUGUAAAAUGUGUAGACAUACCCAUGACAUUAUGUUUGACAUCAUUAUAUUUCAGGAGGCGUUUUAUGUAGAGGCCUUUGUUCUUAACGUUUACAGCUCAACACUAGGCCCUUUCUGCAGUGGGGAUGUUUUGCAACUCAGGACCCAUUAUCAAAAGAAAAUCUGGAUGAUUCCACGCCAGUGGAAGCAGAAAAUAUUUUGGGUAUUGCAGAUUGUUCUGGCAAUUCUCACAUAGAAACUAAAUUAGGAGGAAGGAUGUUUGAAAUAAAAAAUAAAAAAAUUG